UUCCUAAAAUCUCUUCAUCUGUCGGCGCUCCGUGGCCUGAAGGAGACGCCGACGUCUCCUUUGAUAGACGAUGAUGAGCACUAGUGCCGUAGCAGAAAGUAUUGCUCAUGUUUGUCUGCGUGUUUUUGAAUGAUUUAUUGGGCAAUUUGGUUUGUGUUUAUUCGCAUAAUUAUGAUUUAAUGGAAACAGUGAAAUUGUUUCUUCAACAUUUCUAGAAUUUUGAUAAGUUUUGCAUAUAUGUGUGAUGGAAAUGCAGCUACUUUUGUGCUGUCCUGGUCCUUAAUGUGAUUAUUUUCUAUCCGAUGACACAUUUAAAGGAUUGUUUCUUCUUCUUUUCAUCUUGUGAGUCUUCCCAUAUUUGUUUUGAUAUCCCACCUUCCCUGUGGUCCUUUUAAUUAUAAUGAACCCACUUUUAGGUGAAAUCAAAAAGCUCCUGUUGUUUUCUAGAACAUAGUUCUGCAAAGCAGCACCGUGUUCUUUCGAUUGGUUGUUAAUCUCUGGACGUAUGGAGCUGUCAUUGUUUCUCUGGAUCUGCUCGCCACUUUCUUCUUAUGUUGUCUUCUUUUUCUUUGGUUUUUGUUUCUUUCUUUUUUCUUUUUUUUGGUUUAUUGUCCAUUUUGGAUACUGAUGGUGCUUCAAUGUGUUUUUAAUCUGUCCUUCUUCCUCCCGUCUUUUCCUCUCAUCUGUAAUGCUGCUGUUCUUUCAUACAACCUUCUGACCGCUUGUAGUCUUCUGAUGACCAAAGCAGGUUCUGGUCUGUGUGAAUCUUUCCUUUAUUUCAUCUUUGUGUCAGUGAUUCAAGACCAAAAAACAUGAUUGCGUAUGAUUUUUCAUGGGGGAUUGGAUGUUUUCUGUCGUGUCCAGCUCUUCUUUGAGAACCACAGCCAGAUGGACGGGGAGGGUUGAUCUCUUGGACUGACCUGACAGGUUUGGCCACGCCCAUCACAAACAGCUCAUAGUGACACAUCAAACCUUCUGAGGAAGACAGCAGUCAAAACACAUCGAGUUUAAAAGUUUGGGAACUGAGGGGGCCACGUUGUCCCUGCAGCCACAGAGAUGCGCGCGCCGUCCCUGCAGCUGCGGCGCACCGCGCCCCCAGGACGCACUUUUGAUUCACAGCAGGAGGAAUAAUCUGACUCCUGUUGUGUCAUGCCAGGCUGCAAUUAAUCCCGGAGUGUGAGCGCGCGUGGAUGUUGGAGCGCGCGGCUGCAGCCUCCAGACUCACACACAGACAGGCUCGAGCGGCGGAGUCUGGUGCCGUGACCGUUUCCUCCGCGCGCCACCUCCGCUGAGCGAUGCGCAGCCGGCUGAGCGCCGCUGGAAUGAACCGCCGGACGGGACUCACCUGUGGAACCGCGCCGUCAGGAGGAUGCCUUAUCUGAGCGGUGCUGCCGUUCUGCUUUUGUGCCUGGUCGUCUCCGGGGAGUGCUGGAAGCACGGACACCGGGUGCGGAGAUGGACAGGCACGGCGGAGACGCAGAAGCACAGCACAUCUGUGGCAAAGAAACCUCCAGACGUGACCAAGUCCCGCAAAACCAAGACGGAGCAUCUACUCAAAGUAGAUGAUCACGACUUCACCAUGAGGCCAGCAUUUGGAGGUCCUGCAAUCCCUGUGGGGGUGGAUGUUCAAGUGGAGAGCUUGGACAGCAUCUCUGAGGUGGACAUGGACUUCACCAUGACGUUGUACCUCAGGCACUACUGGAAGGAUGAGCGCCUUUCAUUCAGCAGUAGCACCAACAAGAGCAUGACAUUCGAUGGCCGUCUGGUGAAGAAGAUCUGGGUCCCGGAUGUCUUCUUUGUCCACUCCAAGAGGUCCUUCAUUCAUGACACAACCACGGACAACAUCAUGCUGCGAGUCUUUCCUGACGGACACGUGCUCUACAGCUUAAGAGUGACGGUGACGGCCGCCUGCAACAUGGACUUCAGCCGCUUCCCUCUGGACUCGCAGACCUGCUCUCUGGAGCUGGAGAGCUAUGCUUACACAGACGAAGACCUGAUGCUCUACUGGAAGAGCGGGGACGAGUCCCUCAGCACCGACGACCGGAUCUCCUUAUCGCAGUUCCUGAUCCAGAAGUUUCACACCACGUCUCGCUUGGCCUUCUACAGCAGCACAGGCUGGUACAACCGUCUGUACAUCAACUUCACACUGCGGCGCCACAUCUUCUUCUUCCUGCUUCAGACGUACUUUCCCGCCACGCUCAUGGUGAUGCUGUCCUGGGUGUCGUUCUGGAUCGACCGGCGGGCUGUGCCGGCCAGGGUUUCUUUGGGCAUUACCACGGUGCUGACCAUGUCCACCAUCAUCACGGGAGUCAAUGCCUCCAUGCCACGCGUGUCCUACAUCAAAGCUGUGGACAUCUACCUCUGGGUCAGCUUCGUCUUCGUUUUCCUCUCGGUGUUGGAGUACGCCGCGGUCAACUACCUGUCCACGGUCCAGGACCGCCGCGAGCGCAAGAUGAGGGAGAGGGCCCGCUCCCAGUCACUGCCCUGCACCUGCAGCAUCUCCCACACUCGAACCAUGACCAUGAUGGACGGCACCUACAGCGAGGCCGACACCAACAGCCUGGCCGGCUACACCGAGGAGCCCAUGGUGCAGGAGGAGCCCGACGAGAAGCACCACGUCCCGGAGAAGUCGGAGCACAUGGUGGUCCACCUGUCCAUGAGCAGCGAGUCCGCGGGCAUCAAGAAGAGGAAGAGCCUGCGCGCCCUCAGCAUCAUCCAGAACACGCACGCCAUCGAUAAAUACUCCCGGAUGAUUUUUCCCGGAUCCUACAUCUUUUUCAACCUCAUCUACUGGUCAGUUUACUGCUGAAGGCCUGAGCGGCGAGGCCGGUGAAGACGUUCUCAUAAAAAGCAUCACGGUGCUGCUUACUUGCUUGACCGUGUUUGUUUGUCCGAUUUUAGAGGCUCUUCCAUCCCAUUGGACUAUUUCAACUGUUAAUCUUCUUACAGCUACUUGAAUGUUCAUUGUGGUUUUCAUGAAAUCGGCAAAAAUGAUCUAAAAAUGUUUCAUCUUAUCUUUUAAAUGUGACUCAGACAUGAAGUCCGGCCCCCUUUUGUGUUUGCAUUCAUGUAAUACGAUAAUCUUCAUACAAUCCAAAAUGUCAGCUCAGGUUUUGUCAGUUGCAGAAAUUACAGCCACUCAGUCUAGGGCUGCCACGAUUAGUCGACUAAUCGACUAUUAAAAUAGUCGACGACUAAUUUAAUAGUGGAUUAGUCGUUACUUUUAUAUUAAAUUUAGGUUACAGUGUAGUAAAGUUAAACAAAGCUAUGAUCUUUACUAUAGUAUAAAUGCUUAGUAAGCAUUCUCACUAUAGUGAUUCUCCCGCUCUUUUACAUACGUUUUUCAGAAACUAAAACCUCAAUCACACUUUAAGCAAUCUUGGUAUCAAAACGUUCAGCUUGUUCAGGACAAUACUGGUUGUAUUUUUGGUAUUCACAAACUUUAUAGUUUUAAAUAAUGAGCAAAAUAUAAAAAAUGAAUGAGAAAGUCUUCAAAUUUCAAAAUUUUAAGUAAAUUAUCAACAAACCUUUAACUAUGGUCUAUGUUUUAAUUUUUCAUAAUGAUUUUCAAAAAAAAAAAUCAGAGU